GGUGAAAAUCCUUCGAUCGCUUUGCUUACAGUGAUAAUGGACGUGCCAGUGAACGUUUGCGCCGACACGGGUGGCUUCAGUCUGAUCUACAAGCAGGACAUACCCGACUUCCAGCCAUACCUCGGUCCCUACCUUUUCGUAGCUGGCAAGUCGAUGACACUGCACGAGCAGCCGCCGGAACUGACAUCGGAGAAAGAAAGAAGGGCAAACAUUUGCGGUCCCUGGAGCAAGAGGUAAUGUGCAAGAACCGCCCCG